AUGGAGGGGUUCGCAGGCCCAGAUGCGAUUCUUGCGACUCAAACACAGCCAUAUCAAAGACCUGCGACUGCGACUGCGACUGCGACUGCGACUGCGACUGCAGCCACACUGCGCGCAUCUUCCUCUUCCUCCUCCGCCUCGAGAAAAACCCUCCCCAAUGGACGCUGUAACUUUCGCGACGCCGCCAUCGGCCAGUGUGGAUGUGACCAGUUCUGGGACAAGUGCAGCGCUGACUUCCACGACGAGAGCUCACAGCAGCAUCCAGGUAGCGCGAGGUCUACCUGGUGUGUAUGUGGACACCAUGCUUGCUUCCAUCUGAGGGUGUCGCGUGCGCCUGAACAGCCACCGCCUCGAUGGCUGCCUACAUAUGCGCCUGCGCAUGCAAAGUGCGGCGCACAAUGCCAAUCGCUGCCGCAGACAGUAGCACACACUUACACAUCACAUGCUAGUCCAACCCAGCUCCUGCCACACCAGAGCGCGCUGCAGGCCGCCGCCGCUGGGCCGAGUCGCCUUCAGCAAGAUCAGGACACUCCGUCACAGACCAGCACGACUGGCCUACCUGGAAUCCCCUCUGUCUGCAUGCUUUCUCACGACCCGCAUCCAGCAGCUGGCAAUGGUCUUAGGCGUGAUGCGAAUCAGUCACGACAGAGUGUCGCAGGCCUGGGCUUGUCGAUGAUGCAUUUGGAAAGCAUGGGUGCGGCUAAUCGUCUGCAGUCUCCUACUCCUACCCUUCCUGACAACUUCGCUGCCGCCCGCGCCCUGCAGCGAUCCCAGAGCGAGCCAGAACUGCCAGCGACGAGAGCGACCUCGACCGACGCAAAUACAGUCGAGAGCCCUAUACGUGGCAUACUCGGCGAAGUCUUCGAGUUUAACCGCAAUCUCCAGCUGAAUGUGCCUGGCGACACGGUUCCCGAUACAUACAAUCCAUAUGAUUACAUACAAAGUGCGACAGAGGUGGCAACACCCAGUGUCAAGGCGACGCCUGAUUUAGCCGCGGUCGACCAGGCUGUGCAAGAGGGCAAGCAGUUCAUCGAUACACUUGCCCGUCUGACUUCGGAACUGGAGCAACCUGCUGGCUCGCCAGGCAAAUCAACGGAUGCGACGUCUGGGCGAACGCGUGUGCUUCCAAACGCCCCUUCCGUAGCCCAGGAGCAGCAUCUCCAACACAUACUGACGACAGCCAGCCCGCAAGGUUUUCAGAAGCUGGUUUCAUAUCUAGCUCCGUUGCACAAUCUGCUCAACUCCAUACCCAAUGUGGCCAAAACGAUGCAGGAUCUUAUCAGCCGUGUGGAUGUUCUCGAAACCGGCUCUUUCAGCCAGGUACAACCAGAGGAUCUAGAGCACACGCUAGAGAUGUAUGAAGGUAGGCUUAUCGAAGUCGAGCAUCGCAUGGAUGAACAUGAGAAGCAUCAUCAAGCCAUUGAUGCCGAGCAAAGUAUCAGUUCCCACGAUCGAAGACAUACGAACAACGUGACUGCUUCGUUCGCAUCGAAUCAAUCUAUAGACUCCACCACAUCGUCCGCCCUCAUACUUGCCGCCAUGGACCGGAAAAAUGCCGAGAUGGAGAUUGAUACUAUCAAGGAACGGCUAGAUCUGCUUGAAGCUGCAGCUCUGCCUACCUCUGUAAAUCCGUGGGAAAUCGAGGUUGUUCUUCUACCUUGGGGUCCAGAACUGCGUGGGAUUUGGUUCGCUCCUGAUGAGUCAAUGCACGGUCCUCCUGACUCUACAACCCAAGACUCCGAAGAGUGGACUCAAUCCCGCAAUUCCAAGCCAGGGCAGACCCUUCGAUCCCAGGGGACCUCUGCGCGAGAUACUGAUUCAAGUCCCCAUCGUCCCAGUGCCCAGACAUCUUUGAAGAGCUCCGUUCUCGGCAGCUCUGAGAAUGGAUGGGAUAGUCAAGCCAUCAGCGACUGGGCUGCCGGCUACGAGGAUGACUGGCUCUUCCCCAAGGCUUGUGCAAGCAAGAAUCUCGUCUACCAGAGGCUUCAGAGUCGUGGAUUCGUCAAAAACGUCACCCUUAGCGGCGCGAGUGCCAAGGACAUUCAGACUUCCCUGGCAUAUGCUUUCGCAGAGGUCUCUGAGCAUGUGGCGUACGACGAUUCCAAAGCCAAUCCCAUGAUUGCUGAAUACCCGGGUCUUCGAGCUUCCUACAUUCCCUUGCGAAAGGUGUUGAAGCAGUCUAGAUUACAAUACCUUACGCCUGCAGAGAUGGCAACUUCGGCACUAUGGUCUGCUCAGUUCCUCGCAUCUGGCGUCAUGAUGCGAGUGUCAGGCGGCAAGAAGAGACUGUAUGUGACGACGCGCGAGGCAUACGCGCAGCAAGGCGACUUCAUGGUUCGGGAACAAUCAUGGCCGGAGUUGCGACAACUUCCACGGUUUCAAGCUGAUCAAGACUCGCAAAUGGAGGGCAACGACGAUCAUUGCCAGCCGCGAGUGUCUGAAGCGGAUGCCAAAGAAGCGUGUUGGCAAUUUGUCGAGGCCAUUGAUGCUCCACCGGCCAGUAUACACUCAUCGUUUGGGAGCCACCACUCUGUGCAGCUGUCUAUGCGACCCUGUGAUCGCAAAUGGCGACGAUCAAUUACACCAAAUUCGAUAUUGAAGAACAAGCAGUUCCAGCCCAUCUCACCUCUGAGUGAGAAUCACCCACGACGAUCUGGACCGCGUCUACACCGCACUACGUCAGCUUCUGUUCUUGAGACAUUUCCUGCAGGAGCUUCGAAGCGUCGUCUCAACUCAUCUCCCACAAAACAGUCGUCUGCUCCACAACACACUUCACGAACACCCAGCAUUUCCAUCACAAGGAUGAAGCGACGUCGCGUUGCGAAUUCAUCAUCGCCGCGUGGAGAAGGAAAUGAGCCAGCAGAAGCACAAGUCACCAUCUGGAACCCGACUCCCCGCCGCUCCCGAGAACCACCUUCGCCAUUCUACUCCUCUCAGAUUGCGCUCCCACGAUCAGUCUCUGACGUAGCCAGUCGUCCCAGUCAGAGGUCUGUUGCAAUGACAGGAAAAUCGACCCCGUUUGCCUACGCAACACCGCAUUCGGGACCCUUUGUCGGCGGGCCUGGCUUUGAUGGAUUCGAUCGAGGAGGAGAUACAGAACCCGAUGAUGAUGAUGGCGAGCAAAGCUGGCGUGGAGUCACAGAUGGCGACGAGGAGGACGGUGUGUCGAACUCGUCUGAUAUCCACGGUGGCGCAGAGGAGCCGGGCAGCUUUUCAGCCGACGACAGUGGCUUUGGUUCUGAGAGCGGGGACGAUGACGACUCGGACGACGAUGCGUUUGGCGCUCAGUUGCAGCAAGCUAUUGACGAGGAUAGCGAAGACGACGUGCUCGAUUCUCUACUGGACGUUCUUGAAGAUUAG